AUGGCCAACGACGAAUACGAUUUUCUCUUCAAGGUUGUCCUCAUUGGAGACUCUGGUGUCGGAAAGUCCAAUCUUUUGAGUCGAUUCACUCGGAACGAGUUCAAUCUGGACUCCAAGUCGACCAUCGGUGUUGAAUUCGCGACUCGCUCCAUUCAGGUCGAUGCGAAGACGAUUAAGGCUCAGAUCUGGGAUACUGCCGGACAGGAGCGAUACCGGGCCAUUACGUCGGCCUACUACCGAGGUGCUGUCGGUGCUCUUUUGGUCUACGACAUCAGCAAGCACAACACCUAUGAAAACGUAACCCGGUGGUUGAAGGAGUUGCGUGACCAUGCGGACUCGAACAUUGUUAUCAUGCUGGUUGGAAAUAAGAGCGAUCUGCGGCACCUGCGCGCGGUCCCAACUGACGAGGCUAAGGCCUUUGCGGCCGAGAACAACCUCUCUUUCAUUGAGACGUCUGCCUUGGACGCUAGCAACGUCGAGCUUGCGUUCCAAAACAUUUUGACGGAAAUCUACCGCAUCGUCUCAAGCAAGGCAUUGGAUAACGGAGGCGAGUCGCAGAACCCCAUUAGUGGUGGCAACGUGGUGCCUAUCAGCAAGUCAACGGAGCCGGAUCAGAAGGAAAGCAAAUGCUGUUAA